AUGGCAUGCCUACGUCAACAGCAUAAUUGGCUUCUUACUGGCUCGAGAGAAUACAGUGAUCUUACUCUUAGCCGCGGCCUAUCACUUGGCAAGGCGAACGAGGGACCAAUAGGCUCAGGCGACUACACACUCAUAAGCCCGACACCUCCCCUUCUACAUUCGCAUCUUACAUUUACCUCCAAUCUGCGGAUGAGGGCAGCACUCUUUCUCCUAGUCCAUGUAUACUACAUUAUCGAAAAGAUUGAAUUUUCCUUCAAAAGCCAGAGAAGACAGUCAUCAUUCAAGUCACUAUCACAACAACCAAAGGAAUGGGUUGUAGAUCAGGUCCCAGCGUACAACCUGAGAGAGUCCGAGCUACGGCAAUGGCUUAUCAAUCAUUUCAGAGUAGAAGGAGCUGAAGCAAGGUUAAGUCAAGAAUUGCCUUUACAUUCGGACUCGUACAUUUUCCGUAUCCCCAAAAGGCUGUCAGAGAAGGACAAACAAGAUAUUGAUACACUGAGAGAAACGGACGAGUGCGACCGAGCAAGACAGGAGACGAGGGAGAGUGGGCACAACAAAAUAUCGCUGGGUCUAGGAGAUGUACAUAAUAUUGAAUAUGUGCAUGUAUGUGGCUUCGUGAUUUACUCCGCUUGGCCGGAACAGAGGUCGAAAGAUGCAUCUCGGUUCAUAUUUGCCAGAACUUUAAACCUUUCUCUCAGUCAAUUGUCUCCUGUGCAAUUCGGGGAUGUUCUACAGGCACCCCACUCAUCUGAAAUGGCGACCUCAAAUGCGCUUCCACAUGAGUUUGAGCAGUCAUAUCUGGAACUGACUGCAUUCCCCCGCAACCAUAUCGAGGCCAAAUCGUACGGAGAUGCCAUCUUGAAGGGUUAUCAUGAGAGACUGUCAGAUGGCGAAAGGCUCAUGUUCUUGCAAGACGAGGACAAAAUAAAAGUACCGAUACGCGACAUCUCAGCCGACGGAAGUGUUACCAAAGUCAACGUUCUUAAUGAUGAUCAGCUGAAAGACCUUCUUGGUCAUGUUCCGCAAGACCCAAUGCAAAACCUGGUUAAUGGCUCAAAUAGGCCUCUGGCCCAGGUAUCGAUUCGUGUUCAAAAAGAUGCAAAGUGCCGUUUCGUGUGGGUCCCCUUCAAACUUUCAAUACUCCUAUCCUUAUUCCUCAUCACAAAAAGCGCGGUAGCGCCCCUAGAGCUAUCAGGGACAAUGCUACGGCGUUUGCUAACGCACUACCAAGUCAUGCCCCAGUUCCUGGACUUCAUAUGUCUAUAUGGGUCAUCAGACACUGAGGAUAAUGGUCUGCGAUUCAGCGGCUUCAAAAGCGCGAAGGUGCUCAAAAACCCAACGCCAGCAAUGUGUAUUCCACAAAUGGAUCGGAGUGGCAGAGCCUUCCAGCUAUGCUACAACCUCAAGGUAACUAGGUGGGGAGAAGUGGAUAAUACCAUGAGUUGGACUAUCGAGCAGUAUGCCGUAUAUCAUCGCUUCGACGUCGGUACCGGCGUUCAAGUCUGGAUGAUUGGUGACCCCCAUGCUGAGAUAAAGGAGCGUGUAGGUGAGAUGUUUCGCGAAAGGGGCGCGCACCAGUCGAAGUUUGACACCAUCGACCACGCCUUAGGAUCUUCCCUUGAGACGCACUUGGCACUUGCAGCAUGGGUCACGUCUCAAUGGAAGCGUGCCGUACUUGAUCUUGGCAAGAUCAUACAUGAUCUGAACCUGGAAAUUGCCUAUAUCGAAGCCACUUUUGACCGGGAAAACCAGAGUUCGGCCACUUUAGGGGAGGUGCAAAAGUGGGAGGACAAAACCAAUGAAACCGCAAUAAUAAUGGCGUUCAACGUCAACGUCUUGAAGCUGUUUAGAGAAUUCUAUAAAGGGCUCGUUCACGAUGAAAACUUUCCUAAUAGAGAGAGGUGGGCCUGCCAACAAGAGGUUCAUAAGUUUGCAUCCCAAGUCGAUGAGGUCAUUGAUGAGGCCGAGAUGCUUGCCUCGAUGGCGACAGGGCUGGCGAAAGUCGUAGCUCGCAAGAAAGCAUCGGCAACCUUCACUUUGCAGUUCAUCCAAUUCCUUCAGGGACAAACUGCCGCUGUUGCGUACGAGUUGAACAUCAAAAUGUUCGAGCAAGCGAAUCAAAGCGCUACUGAGGCAAUCGCAAUGCGGAUAAUCACCGUCGUUACUUUGAUAUAUCUUCCUGCAACUUUCUCCAGUACAUUCUUUAGCACGGAUAUUGUCAAAUAUCAAGAUGGCGAAAGCUUUUCCUGGCUUGCUCUGACUAGGUUCAUGCAAGUCACCGUUCCCCUCAUGUUUCUGACAUUCCUCAUCGCUGGAGGCUGGUUUUGGCUAGGCUCUUUUUCGAUUCUAUCAAGGUGUCUUCCCGGCGUUAAAGAAGUUCUACAAGACCCUGAUCACCAUGGCGUCGUAUCAUAUUCGGGCAAUUGGCUCAGAGGGGGUCUAAAUAGUGAGCUGCUCUUGUUCCGCAAGUUGACUGUGGGGUAUUCCAUCAGACGCAAUGCCUUUACACAUAGACGGCAACCCAAUAGUACGUGCAAGAACAUCUCGAUUAUCUAUGCAAGCAAGGGCCAGAGCGAACAGCUGAGGCAUUUUACCAUUGACUGGGAGUGGAAAGUUGGAGACGGGAUGUUUAUCGCCUCCCGACGUGCCUGGACCUUGAUUACGGACUCGGAACCAUUCCUUUACAUCAUCACCACAGCACACACCCACCGAUUCCGACUGACCUCAUCUGUUCCGCGGGCCUAUGACCGCGCCCCCAGUUGCAACACUGUAAGCGAAGAGGGCAACAUGGGUCCGGACGCGGACGCAGCAGAGGCCGUGACGCCGCCGUCGACGGCCGCGGGAUCCGCAUCGGUACAGAAGCGUCCUGCCCCUGCGUCUGCAUCUGCCGAGGUGCAGCGGUCCAAGAGGGCCAAGUACACCCCCGUCGCCUGCAACGAGUGCAAGAAGCGGAAGCUCAAGUGUAUUAAGGAAGAUCACCAGGCCGUGUGCCGGCGAUGUCUCUCCAAUGGCGCCGAAUGUAUCUUCAUUCCUGGCCCGCAGCAGACGCCGCUGAGAGAUCGCGAGGUCACCAACGAGAGAGAUGAAUCUAUCAACCCCUCACAAUACAAGAACCUGAGCGACGAGGUGGCAACUCUGCGAGAGCAGGUCGCCAGCCUAACCUCGUCCCUCCGAGAGCUCACCGGAAAGAUCACACAGAUCAACACCCGGUCGCCCGCCGCCCUCGGCGGUCCGCAACAUCCAAGUCCUCUGUACACGAGCGAAUCCAACCGGAGGCCAAGCGAACCGAGAGAACCGCAGUUCGUCGGCCCUACCAGGUCAGCCUUCAGCCUUCGCAUCGCGGAGUCCUCGCUCUCCCGCGUGCACAUCCAGACGCGCGAUGCGUCGCCAACGAGCAGAUCCGCAUCGCCGGCCGCCUCUGCGAGGGCGGUUUCCGAAACCUCAGACCACCCCGCCUCGCAUUCGGCAUCGCAAAAGGACCUGGAUUGUCUUUUGACGUUCGAGGCUGACGAGGUUUUUCGGCUCCUUGAUGUCUAUCAGGAUGACGUUGAGUCUGUGUACCCAUUCACCAAUAUGAACGAUGUCUCUGCCAACUUGCCGCAUAUCCUCGACUUUGUGAGAGCCCAGCAGAACCCGACGGCGGGCGCAGACUCGAUCUCUGCCGGGGAUCGACCAAAAAUUGAGCUCAAGGAUGUCCAGAUUGUCAAAGUAGCGAUUGCUACCUCUAUAGUGAUGGAGGCUCAAGGCCAGAAUGCCAUAAGUACGAAGCUGGUAGAUGCGGUGGAGCCGAUCGUGUGUCGUGUGUCUGGCGAAGCCUUUAUCGACCUGAAAGAGCUCCAGAUCAUGACUAUGCUAAGCAUCUACUGGUUCCACUGCGGCGAGGAGUUACUGGCAUGGAGAUCGAUCGGCAUCUCUGGGCGGGAAGUAUUGGAAAUCGGUCUGCAUCGUCGCGCGAUCCUCCUUGAGAACUUCAAGGAUCCCAAAGAGAGGGACCUAGCUCUGCGAUGCUUCUGGUGUGUCUACGUACUAGAUCGCCGAUGGAGCUUCGGCACGAGUCUGUCUUUUGGGCUCAUCGAUCGUGACAUCGAUCCUGAGUUACCAGAGCCGGGGGACGAGUAUCCUUACCUGAGGUGUAUGGUUGCCUAUGGCAGGCUUUGUUCGAAAGUCUGGGAGGCGCUGCCGCCCUUCGAGUCACCAUCACAAUUCAUCCCCAAGGAUACGGUGGCGUUCCUCGACUUCAUGACACUGAACUGGCUCAAUUCGAUACCGGAAGAUUUGCAGCUUCGGCACCCAAGGCUAGGCCUUGCUCCCAGGAUCCAGCCCCGCAGCGUGCAUCGCCUCCGUACUCUGCUCUACCUGCGAGGGAACCACAUGCGCACGCUCAUCCACCGCCACCACGUUCUGAGCACCGCCAGUAUCAAAGCAGACAUGCAGAGCGCGAAGCUCGUCACCGAGAUUGCUCUUGACACGAUACAAGUACUUGUCCACUUGAACGAGACGAGCGACAUCUAUGCGCGGCAGCAGCACGCUUUCAACUACUUCUUGAUGAGCGCCUUGGCGGUGAUCCUCCUGGCUGUGUGUCACGCACCGGGUGUCUUUACUGAACCUUGCAAGGAGAAGUUCUUGAAAGCUGUACAGCUGGUGAAGGGGUUCUCGCGCCACGGGCAUGCCAGUCGGAGGCUGUGGAAGACGAUUCGAGGGCUCAUGCCGAGCAUCAAGUCGUUGGGCCUGCGCAGUGACCCUGAGAAGGGCGACGUACCCCAGCUAGUCGACAAUGGGGAGACAGAUCCGAAUGAGGGCCAUGUCGACGGAUCGGAGCAGACUGUCGGUCAAAGCGAGCGCGAUGGGAGGAGGACGGAAGCCACGUGGGAUGCAUACGAGGCUGGCCCGCCGACAGCAAGCUCUAUGCCGGACAUGUUCAACAUGGGCAAUGACCUCAUGAACCUCUUCGACGCUUUCGGGCAAGCGAAUUCUGGGCACCCGGCGCCUUCAGACUUUCCUUUCCUGUCGGCUUCUUUGGAGGGAAUGAUCAGGGGAUGUCACUUGGAGAUCCGGAAGAGAUCUCACGGAGGUUUCAGGGACUAA